AUGUCGUGGCAAGUGGACUCCCUAAAGGAGCCAUAUGACUACGAUUCGAUUAUGCAUUACGCCCAGCGGAUCUAUCAAAAUGGCAAAAUGAUUGAAGAGGUAAGGCCUAAGGACCCGAACGCCAAAAUUGGGCAGAGGGAGAAGCUCAGUGAGGGUGAUAUCCAACAGGCAAACAAGCUGUACAGCUGCCCUUGUAAGUACAAUUAA